AUGAUCCUGGCUGAUCGAAAAUCUCCCUCACAUCCUUUGAACAUCAAAUGGCUGGGCUCUAUUGCUAAGGUUCCGGAAUAUUUGAAGAGCCUUGAUAAGCCUCUUAAUACCGAGACUACCUUUCAGGAUUGGGCUCGGAAGGCUCACCAAUUUUCUGGAAAGCGAGCACUGCUUAACAUCAAGAUGGAGAAGCCGGUUUCUGAGGCUGCUCAAAUGGCGUCACUUACAUUUGUUGUAAUGAAGAGUGAAGUUUUUGAAAGGGCUUCUCGCAAGAUCCGCACCAGUGAUGGACAACCGGUCGAAAGGGUCCAUGGAGAUCAAGACGAUGUCCAUGCACACGAUGCCUUGGUAUCCAAGUUACUCAAGCAAGGCAAGCUUGACCCUAGGAUCAAUCGACAAAUCCACAUUUAUUGGAUCCCUAAAGAUAACUUCAAACACUAUGUCUUGCUUACCAGGGGUCACGCAAUCAAAUGGGCCAAGGCAAUACGUGAUCCUGAUAUCCAUGGAAUAUGUCCUCUCAACCCUCCUCGCGAGUUGUGGACGGCUGUGACGGCUGAUCCACCUCCAAGCCGCACUCCAAAGCACCGUCACGGGUAUGUUGAUGGUCUUUCUGAGAUCAGAAACAAACAACUUCGUCCAGCUCCAGCAUGUUCAUUGUUGGAUCGUCCGACUGCUAAGAUGGAGGAGUACAUUGAUUUUCUCAAGAUUGAUGAUCCCGAAGUCUUGAAAGUGCUCACUCGUGAGAAGAUCACCGAUUAUCACCAAUUCAGCUCAGGAUCGAUAACCAAGGAUGAUCUUAAAAGUCUCGAUCCAUGUUUUCGCUUGGGAGUUAUCAGCAAACUUUUAGAUAAUGUUAAGCACUUUGACAUGGUCCUGAAGUCAAGGACUGAAUGA